AUGGCCAACCUUGGAAGAAUAGCAGCAGCCAUCACCGGCACGCUGCUCCUCGCUGCCCAAGUCUCGGCCUUGGCGAUCGGCAGCGCAGAAGUAGCACAGGAUGGCCCCGCCGCUCUGACCCGGCGCGCCGACCCGAGCCUCACGGGCUACCUCGGCGCCUUCUUCCUGGGCGCCGACCCCUACGUGUACUUCUACCUCAGCAACGGCAACGACCCGACCUCGUUCCGGGCGCUCAACCGGGCCGCCCCCGUCCUGCGCCCUACCAAGGGCACGGGCGGCGUGCGCGACCCGGCCGUCGUGCAGGGCGGGGGCGCCGCCGAGGCCGGCCGGAAGUGGUACCUCGUCGGCACGGACCUCGACAUCGGCAAGACUAACUGGGACGCGGCACAGCGGACGGGGUCCCGCGGGAUCUUGGUCUGGGAGAGCGCGGACCUGGUCCGCUGGACGGGCGAGAGGCUGGUCGUGGUCGAGGACGAGACGGCCGGGAUGGUGUGGGCGCCCGAGGCGAUCUGGGAUCCGAGCAGGACCUCCGACCCAUCUCACACGGGCAACCCCAGCACGAUCCGCAUCCGCUACGCCCACACCGCAGACUUCAAGACCUUCACGCGGCCGCAGACCUACAUCGACAAGUCGCCGACCAACGUCAUCGACCUGACCAUCCUGCCCCUCGACGACGACGCCGGCAACGGCAACGGCGGGCAGUCCUUCCUGCGCUUCAUGAAGGACGAGACGCGCAAGACCGUGUUCGUAGAGGUCUCGACGACGGGCCUCUUCGGCACCUGGACCCGGCCCGGCGGCGACGCGGCCGUCAUCCAGAGCGGCGUCGAGGGGCCCGCGGCGUACUGGGACAACCGGGUCGACGGCAAGGCGCACCUCCUGCUCGACUUUUACGGGGCCGACGGCUACCGCCCGUACGAGAGCACGCGGCCGGGCAACAACGGAGGGGGCGCGUGGGCCGCGAGCAGCAGGGGCGGGUUCCCGAGUAACCUGCGGCACGGGAGCGUGCUGCCCAUCAACGCGACGCUGUACGGCGCCCUGGAGGCGAGGUGGGGCUGA